GACGUAGGGUUAACGAAGAAUAAUUUUUGCCACGUCGGUGUCUGCGCCGUGUCUGAGUGGUUUCAACAGUGCCACUGAAGAUGCUUUAAGUGAACUUUACAACUCGGUGUCUUGUGUGUUUGGUGCGCAAGACCCGCCGUAGCAUGUGUUCCGUUUACAAUAGUGCCUGCAUCAAGAUACUUCAUAAUAGCCACUUGGAAAUGUUCCUGUGUAGCAGUAUGUUGUUACCCUGAUGUAGUCUGCAUGGCCAACUGCUGGCGUUAAAUGUCACCCAGUUGGUCUUUGUAAAGCCAAGUGGUGGAAAGUCCUGGCCCCCUGCGUGUUACCUUGGAGACUGGUCAUGCCCGGCGGGCGCAGGGGCCCCAGCCGACAGCAGCUGAGCCGUUCAGCUCUGCCCUCUCUUCAGACACUGGUUGGUGGAGGCCUCAGCAACGGCACUGGCCUGCGAAAUAGAAGCAGUAACUCUGUUGGGCUGUCAGCGCCGCCACUGACCUCCCUCAUCACCCCAGAGCCAGUGCGUCACUCCCGUAUCCCCGACCUGCCUCUGGACAGCAGCCUGCUGUUUGAGUUCCUGCUCUUCCUCUACCUGCUGGUGGCGCUGUUUGUGCAGUACAUCAACAUCUACAGAACUGUGUGGUGGUAUCCCUACAGCCAUCCUGCCGCAUCUACCUCGCUGAACUUCCACCUUAUGGACUACCAUUUGGCUGUCUUCAUCACAGUCAUGUUAGCGAGGCGGCUGGUGUGGACCAUCAUCUCUGAGGCGUCUCAGAGCAGCCCCUGUUCCCUGGCGCGGUACGUGGUGGUGGUGGCCGCCCGUCUCAGUCUGCUGACGCUGUGUGGCUGGGUGCUCUGCUGGACGCUGGUCAACCUCUUCAGGAAUCACUCGGUGCUCAACCUCCUCUUCCUGGGCUAUCCGUUUGGUGUGUACGUCCCGCUGUGUUGCUUCCACCAGGAGAGCCGAGGAGGUAGCGUGGCGCCAUCAAGCCCCGACUGCAAUCUGUCCGACAGAGAGAGUGGCGUUGGUGACGGUGCCCUGCUUCGUCCUCGAGACUUCAUGUCACUCCUGCGUGAGAACCUGCUGGAGCAGUUCAGCAGUCCCGGCCCAGUGCCCACGCACACCUGUCCACACUCUCCGGAGCUCAUUCGCACUGAAGUCGAGGAACUGAAGACCAACUUCAACCGUCGCAUCAAGGAGGUGCUCUUCAACUCACUCUUCAGUGCCUACUACGUGGCCUUCCUGCCCCUCUGCUUCGUGAAAAGUACCCAGUACUAUGACAUGCGCUGGUCGUGUGAGCACCUCAUCAUGGUGUGGAUCAAUGCCUUCGUGAUGCUGAUGAGUCAGUUGUUGCCGCCGAGCUACUGCGACCUCCUGCAUCGCUCUGCUGCACACCUGGGCCGCUGGCAACGCCUGGAGCACGGUGCCUACAGCAACGCUCCUCAGCACCUCUGGUCCGAGAACACCAUAUGGCCACAGGGGGUGUUGGUGCGUCACAGUCGGUGCCUCUACAAAGCAGUGGGCUCCUACAAUGUGGCACUACCGUCAGACGUGUCCCACUCGCGCUUUUAUUUUCUUUUCCAUAAGCCGCUGCGGAUCCUCAACCUGCUCAUCGGGAUCGAGAGCAGCGUGAUCCUCUACCAGCUCUACUCCCUGAUGCGCUCCGAGCGCUGGAACCACACACUGUCCCUGGGCCUCAUCCUCUUCUGCAACUAUUAUGUCCUCUUUAAGCUGCUUCGGGACCGCAUCGUGCUGGGGAAGGCCUAUUCCUAUCCACUGAGUGGUAACAGCCUGAGCCUCAAGGCCCAGUAACGAACGGUUCUGCUGUUUUUUUGUCCUUCUGUAAAAAUCAUUCGUCAGGUGCCUGGACUUGAGCGAGAUGAUGGGGGAGUGAAAAAAAGUGAGAUUGUACGAGGUUUGCUUCUAGGCACAAGGCUGUGAACUUGUGUUUUGAUACGGUUCUAUUUUCAUAAAAUGUUUAUAAGUAUUUAAGAUUAUAUAUUUUAUUUUGUGUACUGUUACAAGACGGGGCAUUAUUAUGUGAAUCAGCCCUCGUGCCCAUUUCCCCUCUGUCUCUUGGAUGGGACUGUGGGAAUGUGGGGGAGGCAUUUCUCUUGAUGGUGGUCAUCAAGUCUUUUGACCCAGCUAACCAAAGGAAAGAUUUUACUUUCAGAGUGAGUGGCCAACCAUUGCCUUCUCCUUUUAAAUGAAUGCUAUGCAGAUGUUUUAUGCUUUGUUUGUUCAUUUUUUUGUACUCGGUCCACUAUGAACACUUUUCUGUGUCCUCAUGAAACAUUUUCUGUUUUUACGCUUUUGGUGAAUUUUUAUUUUUGUUACAGCAUUCAUUGCUUUCAAUGUCAACUCAAAUGUUGAGUGUUUGUUAUCAAGGAUAACUCUGUGCCAAAUUUGCAAGUCUUUCUUUGGACCCUUUGAAUUUACAGUCUGGAGAGUUUGACGAAGGAAGCCAUUAAAUCCUUGUGUCAAUAAACACUUGAGCUGCUGUUG